AUGGCAGUAGCUGGGGAAGGCGGCUCCAUGGGGGGCCCAGGUGGGCGGCCCAACGCGGUGGAGACACUGCAGGAGGAGGCCGUCUGCGCCAUCUGCCUCGACUACUUCACCGACCCUGUCUCCAUCGGCUGUGGCCACAACUUCUGCCGCGUCUGCAUCACUCAGCUCUGGGGAGGUGAGGAAGAGGGCGAGGGCCAGGCCGAGUACGAGGCUGUGGGGGACGACGUGGGGAUGGGCGGCGAGGAGGACGACGUGGAUGAGCUGGACGAUGACGACAACGUAGAGUACAAUGAGGAGGAAGAGGAGGGGGACGGGGAUGACGUGGCUGAGGAGGAAGACGAUAUGUGGAGCGAGGAAGACGAGGACACCGACCUGUGGGACGACCCAGGGGAGGAUGACAUGUGGGAGGACGAGGUGGGAGAUGAGCUCUUCUUCGAGGAGGACGAUUACGAUGAGGAGGUGAUGGAGGAGGAGGACCUGGAGGAGGAGGAAGAAGAGCCGCUGCCACCGCCUCCCCCAGCAGCAGUGGCCACGCGACCUCGACACCCCCCAACUUUCACCUGCCCCCAGUGCCGCAAGACCUUCCCCCAGAGGAACUUCCGGCCCAACCUCCAACUGGCCAAUAUGGUGCACAUCAUCCGACAGAUGCACCCACACCCCCAGCGACUCGCAUCACCGGCCGCUGGGACCUCGGCAUCUGGGAGGUCUGGGAGUGCGGCAGGAGUGGCAGGGGGGCUGGAGAAAAGAGCCCUGUGUGAGAAACACCAGGAACCCCUCAAGCUCUUCUGUGAGGUGGACGAGCAUGCCAUCUGUGUGGUGUGCCGGGAGUCCCGGAGCCACAAGCACCACAGCGUUGUCCCACUGGAGGAGGUGGUGCAGGAUUACAAGAUGAAACUCCAGGGCCACCUGGAUCCGCUGAAGAAGAAGCUGGAUGCGGUUCUGAAACAGAAAUCAAGUGAAGAGGAGAAAAUUACUGAGCUGAAGAACAAGAUGAAGCUGGAGAUCAAGGAGUUCGAGUCAGACUUCGAGCUGCUGCACCAGUUCCUGAUCGGGGAGCAGGUGCUGCUGCUGCACCAGCUGGAGGAGCGCUACGAGGCGCUGCUGGCCCGCCAGAGCAGCAACAUCAGCCAGUUGGAGGAGCAGGGCGCCACCCUCGGGCGCCUCAUCGCUGAGGCUGAGGACAAGAGCAGGCAGGACGGGCUGCAGCUGCUCAAGGACAUCAAAGACACCUUCAUCAGGUGCGAGAGCGUCAAAUUCCAGGAGCCGGAGACCGUGCCGGUAGACGUGGGGAAGAAAUACCGCAAUUACUUCCUGCAGGACGUGGUGAUGAGGAAGAUGGAGAAGGUCUUCAGGAAAGUCCCUCAAGCUGACGUGACCCUGGACCCCGACACGGCCCACCCUCACCUGAGCCUGUCCCUGGAUCGCCGGAGCGUGAAGCUGGGCGACCGUCGCCAGGACCUACCCGACAACCCCAAGCGCUUCGACUCCGACUACUGCGUGCUGGGCUCUCAGGGCUUCAGCACGGGGCGCCACUACUGGGAGGUGGAGGUGGGGGGCCGGCGGGGCUGGGCAGUGGGGGCGGCCCGGGAGACGGCCCGGCGGAAGGAGAAGACGGGCGGCCCCUACCAGAAGCGGGAGAUCUGGUGCGUGGGUGCCAACGGGAAGAAGUACCAGGCGCUGACGGCCACGGAGCAGACAGCGCUGCCCCCCGGGGAGAAGCUCCGGCGCUUUGGGGUCUACCUGGACUACGAGCGGGGCACAAGACUCCAUUGCUCUCUGCCCAGUCCCAUAAUGCUGCCUUCCCUUCCCUGCUGGUGUUCAGACCAAGAUCCAGCCCUGCAAAAACAUUGCUUCCCCCCGCCCCUUGUGUCCAGCCUCCAGAGCCCAGUGCUUUCCACCCAGAACCGUCCCAGUGUCCAUCUGUCCUCUGGUUCUUCCCCACAACAGUCCUCUUGUCUGCCGGUCUUGGUCCCCAGGUCUUCUCCAGAACCAUCACGCGUGCUCCUGAAUCUCUCUUCCACAUUGUCACCACCCUUCGUGGCCCUGGACAUUGCAUUUAUUCGUGGACGUCCAAAACAGCCUGUGGUACCGAGGCAAAUGGGGCAACUUCCUCCCUAAGCUGAGAUGCUACAAGAGAAUCACUGGCUAAAAUGUCUGGAGGUGCAAGAAUCAUGUGAGAUGCUUUCAUUGCGAGCCCUGUUGUUCUGGAAAUCCUAGGCCACCUCCAGCACUCUCUGAGGGUUGGGUAUUUAUUUUAAUUGUUCUCUGAGCUGUUCUCCCCCACCCCCCGGUCGCUGUCCGGUUUCCAGCAACCCAUCCCUCUCCCCACUGGAAAGACACUGCCCAUACCUGCUGUGUGUUAAGGUUUGGUUGGUUGUUUUUCUGUUGAUGUUACAAAGCUAGUUUGAAAUAUUUUUGGCUAAACCAAGAAUUAAAUGGAGAUUUAGUUUUUUGAAAUGUUAUAAUAAUAAUAAUAAUAAUUAAUAAUAAAGAGAAGAUUGUACAG